AUGGGAACUCAGUGUGCGCUGGGAGGUGUUGUGCCUGCACCUACUAUCACGCCGGCGCCGAUUGUUGGACGACAGGACCCCAAUGCUAUUGAGCUGGCCAAGGUGCUGCUCACAGCGCUCCCGGCCUCACUGCGUCAGCUUGCUGCAACAAACAUACCCGCUGUGUCGAGCAUCUUGUGGCGGGAGUUCCUUGACGACAACAAACCGGACUGGUUUACAGCUUUGCCGUCGAGCAUACAGAGCUAUCUCAUUGUCCAGUACGGACCGUCGACGGCAUGGCCGACUUCGACUCCGACACCGAGCUCGACUCUGGCCUCAACCACAGCCGAUGCAACUGCAACAGAAACUGCAGCUUCUGCUGCGGCUAGCCCUGACAGUCCGCCUGAAACUAAUUCCGGUCUCAGCAUGGGUGCGAAGAUUGGGAUCGGAAUCGGCGUCCCGCUCGGCGUCCUCGCACUCCUCGCCGUGCUAAUCCCAUGCUGCAUCGCGUCCCGCAAGAAGAAGCCAAAGAAGUCCAGCGGCUACGAACCGCCUCCCUCGCCGGGCUUCAUGCCUCAGGGCGCCUUCCAGGAGAAACCCACCAGCUACCAGGAACACCGCACGCCGCUCAACCGCGCCCAGAGCUGGGACCACGACGACGAGCCGUGGCUGCAACCCGCUGCCGACGGGCGCCCGACGCACCCUGCAUCCAACUUGCCCGCAAACAACACGGCCAUCGUCGGGCCCCCGCUGGUCCACACGCACAGCUCCAGCCGCGGCCGCGGCAAGCGCACCAGCCACAACAGCCUGCACUCCGUCGCCGAACUCACCGAACCCGACGACACCCACGCCCUGCGCUCGACGCGGCGCUCCUCCCUCCCGCCCCCCGCAGACACCCACCCCAUCCCGCCCAGCACCAGCAUCCGCCGCAAACCGCUCGCCCCGCAGCCCGCGCCCCUCCCCCCCAGCCCCCGCGCCCACGGCCACUUCUCGCUCCUCCGCCCCGCCGUGCUAUCGCAAGACCACAGCGGCAGCUCGUCCAGCGGGCUCCCGCUGUCCGAGGACUCGCGGCGCUCGAGCGGCACGGCACCUACAGAGUCGGAUCCCAGUUCGCCGGCGACCCCGGGGUACGCGGCGCCGUAUGCGCUGGGCGAGAGGUGGAGUAAUCCGUUUUCGAAUGAGCAUUAUGUGGAUGUGGAUGAGGGGCGUGGGUAUGGGGACGGCGGGCUAAGGAGUGUGUAUGCUGACGGCGAGCGCGAGAGGGGCGCUGGGUAUCCCGAUGUGCCGGUGAAGAGCGAGAGGCGCGCGAGCCAGGGCGAGUGGCGGGCCAGUGAGGGCGAGUGGCCGCUGGGCGAGUGGCCGCUGCAGAUGCAGCCGGGGCACGGGGGGCACGCGCAGGCGCGGCGCGAGCAGUGGGAUCGCGUGUACGCGUGA